CAAAAAGGCCCUGCAGUAAAGCAUGAAUGUAUUGAUUAUUUUUAAGCAUUAACAGAAUAAGACAGGAAACAAAUAGACUAAAAGUUUUGAUCCACCCAUAAUCCCAUAUGUGAUUCAUAAAGUAAAAAAAUAGUGAAGUAAGAUGGGGACGUUAUUGGGACACGCAGUCCCGGGAACAUUAUUUAUUUUAUUUGCAAUAUGGUGGAGUGUCAACAUAUGGAAGCGUUAUCUAAUUUCAAGGCGGGAAAAUUUGGAGUAUAAGAACUCUUUGACUUUUCCUUGUGGUUGUUGUUGUCAAGGACUUAAAACAUUUCAAGUGGAAGGAAUUUUAAAAGUUGUCGCUUCAACAGUUGGUAUUAUUGGAGAACUUGUUACGGGAUUCAAAGAUGGGCAAAUGGAACUGGGAAACUGGCACCAUGUGACUAUGUAUGCAGGAAUGUUGGUAUCAGGUUUAGUGGACAUAUUAUUACAUCAUCAAAAACUACUCCCUGAAGGAACGGAUUACAUCACUUUUGGACUAGCAGUUUUAGUAGAAGGGGUCCUCUUUUAUUUCCAUAUCCACGAUCGUGACGAUCUAGACAUACAACUCCAUUCAAUUCUGAUAUGUAUUAUUGGAUUCGGUGUUGUCACACUGGCAGUUGAAUACACAACACCUCAGAGCCACCUGGGAGGAUUCGCCCGGAGUUAUGCCUUCUUACUUCAAGGCAUUUGGUUCUGGGUUGUAGGGUUGAUACUGUAUGCCCCAACUAUUGCCCCAUGGGCAACUAUUGUGGACAAUAAUGAAACUGAACUGAUUAUGAAAACUGCAUUGAUUUUGGGUUGGAUGAUGAUUGGUUCAUUGAUAAUUAUUUUUAUAAUAGGGGCCAUUAUAAACUGUCAGCUUAGACUAACUAUAGAUAAAUAUACAGUCAUGUAGACUAGUCCAUCCAUUGCAUGACACUAUGAGCAUUGCGAUGUAACAUUGCUACACUACGU